CGUCCUCUUCAUCCUUCUUAUUAUAUAAAAUAUUCUGCUUUCAAAAUUUUCUCUUGAUGGCCCGGUCUACAUUUUUUGCUGCUAUCUGUGUUGUCUUUCUUUCACGUUCAGGAGUGAAAGCAACCACCUUCACCAUAGAAAACAGAUGCGAUUACGUGGUAUGGCCUGGGAUUCUCUCAAACGCAGGUGUUCAAGCGCUUCCCGAAACAGGUUUCACCCUCCAAAGCGGAGAAACCAAGACCAUUUCCGCACCGACAUCAUGGGGUGGUCGCUUUUGGGGUAGAACCCAUUGCUCCCAGGAUUCCACCGGGAAAUUCUCCUGCCUCACCGCUGAUUGUGGUUCCGGGAUGGUAGAAUGUUCAGGGAACGGUGCUUCUCCGCCGGCAACUUUGGCUGAAUUCACUUUGGAUGGUGCCGGUGGUCUUGAUUUUUUCGACGUGAGUUUGGUCGACGGAUACAACAUCCCUAUGUUGGUGGCUCCGCAGGGUGGCACGGGCCAAAACUGUACCAACACCGGCUGCGUCGUUGACCUCAAUGGCUCCUGCCCUUCGGAGCUGAAGGUAAUGAGCACCGACGGCAGAGAUGGCGUUGCUUGCAAGAGUGCCUGCGAGGCAUUCGGCGACCCUCAGUACUGUUGCAGCGGCGCGUAUGGUACACCCGAUACUUGCAAACCAUCUGCGUACUCGGAGGUGUUCAAGACAGCCUGCCCACGCGCCUACAGCUAUGCGUAUGAUGACAAAACCAGCACCUUCACAUGUGGCAACGCUGAUUAUACCAUUACUUUCUGCCCUUCGCCCAACACUAGCCAGAAAUCAUCACAAGGGCAGCAGCAGAACACGGAAACGACAACUAUUAUCAAUGGCACAAUGGUGUACGAAGGUGCCUUGGACGAGAGUGCGGCAUCAUCACUUUCCACGUGCGCCCACGUGCUGGGCAUGACAAUGGCGAUUUGGUGGUCGUGGCAACUCUUCUAACUUGUUCACCAUUGCGGUAGGGGCUGGCCCGGCCAGCGGGUAUAUACAGGCGGAGUAGAUGAAAGAGCUCAGUUAAAUUGUGCUUCUCCUUGCCAUUACCCGGCAUAAAGGUUGCUCCCUGCUAGUUGUUAGUUUUAGGAAUUCUUUUAUAUUAUUUAAAAGGUUUAAAAUAUAUUUAAUUGAAGGGGAUGGAUGGGAUUCGUUUAAUUGUUUUGUUUCCAGGAAAUUAUGAUUAACAUAUGCGUGCAUAGUGGUGCUCUUUAAUCAA